AUGAGCGGCCUGAGGAUGAGACUGAGUCACGUCAAAGAUCGAAUCGAGCAUCAGCUCGUUCUCAAAGAAUUAAUUGACACUGCGGUUGACCGACUGAUUAAAGUUGGAUAUUCUAAUCUUAAUCCUCCACGGGUAAAAGCGCGUCUUGCAUCUCUGAGAGAGACGUGGUUGCAAUUUUCUCUAGGUCACCGUACCCUCGGUUUAACGAUAACAAGAUUUAAUUCGGAAGAAGCAACGUCAGCUCUGCAUCACUCAUACUUCUCGGAAGGUCUCUUCUCAACAACUCUUGAAGCCUAUCUCGUAGCUGUCAGACAAAUGAGUCUGCUGCUUGAAGAGGAUACGGAAACCUCGCAUCGGCUACUUUCAACGCCUAGUACUUCUCAGAAUUAUGCAGCUCCUUCUCUUCUCUAUCAUGCUCUACUGACUCCAAUCGACCUGCCAACAUUCAAUGGGUCUCCGGCGGAUUGGCUGUCAUUCAAGAACUUAUUCAUCUCUCUGAUUGUGGACAAUCCUACCUUGACAUUGGUUGAGAAGCUUCAGUAUUUGAAGACCAGCUUGACUGGAUCGGCCUUACUUCUUCUCAAGAAUACCACACUAAUAGCUGACAAUUUCCAAAGGGCAUGGGAUGCCUUAAUAGCAGUCUAUGAGAAUAAACGCUUAGUGGAUGCAGCCCUCCAAUCAUUACUCUCUCUCAAGCGCAUAACUAAGGAAUCAGCUUCGGAAUUGGAACAACUCAAUACGAACGUCAUGCAGAUUUACCGCACUUUAGAUACUCUAAAUCGACCAGGGCAAAAGUGGGAUGACUUUCUCAUCUUUACUGCGGUCCAACGUCUCGACGCAAAGUCAUUAAAGGCAUGGGAGCAUACGCUAGGACUCUCCAAGGAACCUCCGACGUGGGUUCAAUUGAGCGAGUUCCUCGUUACCAGAAUGCGCUUGCUCAAAGCAUUUGCAACCUCAAAAAUAAGUAAACGUCAACAUCCCAACGCUCUCAAGGCGCACUUCCAGGGGAAGUCAAAAGAUCAAGCCGGAAAGAAGUUUUCCUGUUCUCUUUGUAAGGCCAAUCACUACAUAUUACUGUGCCCUCAGUAUUCUUCAAGAACCGUUCAACAGCGAUUAGCGAUUAUUAACAAACACAAGUUGUGUUUUAACUGCCUGGGAUCACAUCGGGCCUCCGCCUGUAAGAACACCAAACGGUGUCAGAAAUAUGGACAUAAGCACCACACCUCGAUACAUCAAGGAAAAGCCACCGCCUCUAAACCGGCAGCCGGUAAGCAUGAGGCUACUAAGCCUGAGUCAACUAAAACUGAGACAGCGGUCAAGGACGCCAAGCCUCCCGACGCUAACGUACUGCAUUCCUCUUCGAGAGUCGCAACCUCCGCCGUCCUUCUCGCAACAGCUCAAAUUCAACUCGUUAAUUCGCAUGGAGAUUCGGUGCCAGCCAGAGCAUUAGUCGAUCAAGGAUCGGAAAUCACCUUAAUAACAGAACGCUUAGCUCAAUCAUUGAGACUCCCUCGAAUUAAAUCAUCAAUUUCUCUGGUCGGCGUGGGCGCUCAACGAUCAAACAAAACCAAAGGACAGGUGUCGUUCAAGAUCAAGCCACAUUUUCCAUCAAAUUCGGAAUACUUUGUUUCCGCGCACAUUCUACCAAGGCUGACGGGAUCUCUGCUGUCCAUGCAAACCGAAACCGUAACAUGGCCUCAUCUUCAAGAUCUACGUUUGGCUGACAAGGACUUUACUUCACCAGAGCAUAUCGACCUUAUUUUGGGCGCGGAUGUUUACGCCCAAAUUUUGGAAAACGGAGUGGUCAAGGGAGACGCGGAUGCGCCAAUUGCGCAAAGAACGUCACUCGGAUGGAUCAUCUCGGGUCCGUCAGGACCAGCUUCGCUUUCUCAAGAUAUUCACGGGUUCCAUGUCUCGCUAGAUCAUCAACUUCAUGAACUGCUUCAGCAGUUCUGGAACAUCGAGGAAAUCCCCUCGACAGUCACGUCGUCUCUCUCUCCUGACGAAUCAGAAUGCGAACAACAUUUUGUCUCAACACAUACUCGGGAUAAGCAAGGGCGGUAUACUGUUCGCCUACCAUUCAAACAUCCACCGGAUCGCCUUGGCGAUUCGAAAUCAAAGGCUAUUCGGAUAAUCCAUCGUCUUCACAGGAAAUUGGAACACGAUUCCGAUUAUUCCAAACUCUACUCGGACUUUAUGUUCAACUACGAACAAUUACAACAUAUGACUCGCGUUCCGGAGAGUCAACCUGAGCCAUCACUCACCUAUUAUCUCCCACAUCACGGAGUUAUGCGGGAAAAUAGUUCCACAACGAGAUUAAGGGUCGUUUUCAACGGAUCAAGCCGGACGUCAUCAGGUCAUUCAUUGAACGAUCUAUUACACACUGGAGCUAAACUACAAGUCGAUCUACUCAACGUUCUACUGUGGUUCCGCCUCUUCCGAUAUGUCUUUUCAUCUGACAUGGAGAAGAUGUUUCGUCAGAUUAAUAUACACGAGUCUGACUGA